AAAGGGAUACCAAAGCUUUGAUUUUUAUGAAUAUCCAAGGGUAAAUGGUUAGCAAAGGAAUGGCAUCAACCUCUUGUCUUAAGCAAGGGACAGUGCCAAUGAACAAUAUUUGCAUUACCCCUGAAGCAACGUAUGAGGCUGUGGUUGCAGACCCUAAGCUUUUCAUGGGUUCCUUGGAAAGGCUACACUCUCUCUUGGGUACUAAAUUCAUGGUUCCGAUUAUAGGAGGGAGAGAUUUGGACUUGCACAAGCUUUUCGUUGAGGUAACUUCUCGUGGUGGUAUCAAUAAGAUACUUCAUGAAAGGAGAUGGAAAGAAGUCACUGCUACGUUUGUCUUUCCUCCAACAGCAACAAAUGCAUCAUAUGUCCUGCGCAAAUAUUACUUCUCGCUGCUUAACAAUUACGAGCAGAUCUAUUACUUCAAAGCUAAUGGCCAGAUUCCUCCAGACUCUUUGCAGACCCCAUCCGCUAGACCCGGACUUAUGCAGGGAACCAUAAGACCUUCACAAGAACUUCAAGCUUUAACCUUUACGCCACAACCAAAGACCGAUUAUGGAGAAUUCCCCGGGGGAUCUUUAACUGGUUCAAAUGUGAUUGGAGUGAUCGAUGGGAAAUUCGAAAACGGUUAUCUUGUAACUGUAACAAUGGGAUCAGAGCAGCUUAAAGGAGUUCUGUAUCAGCUUCUUCCACAGAACACAGCUGCUCAUCAGACUCCGCAACAGAGUCAUGGUGUUUUCCCCAACAAUUCCAAUCCUCAGGGGAUUACUGGAGGAGUAACAAAACGCCGCAGGAGAAGAAAGAAGUCAGAGAUCAAAAGACGUGAUCCUGCUCAUCCAAAACCUAACAGAAGCGGUUAUAACUUCUUUUUCGCGGAGCAGCACGCGAGGCUUAAACCGCUUCAUCCCGGUAAGGAUAGAGAGAUUAGCAGGAUGAUCGGCGAACUCUGGAACAAGCUCAAUGAAGAGGAAAAAUCGGUUUACCAAGGGAAGGCAAUGGAGGACAAAGAGCGAUAUCGAACUGAAAUGGAAGACUACAGAGAGAAGCUUAGGACAGGACUGCUCAUAAGUAACGCUGUUCCACUGCAACAGAGGCUUCCAGAGCAAAACGUAGACAUGGCUGAAGCUGAUCUUCCAAUUGAAGAAGCCGAAGAUGAGGAAGACGAAGAAGGUGAUUCAAGUGGCCUUUCAGGCGAAAGCGAGCCACAUGAUGAUCAGAACGGCGAGUCUGAUCCUGAACUGGAAGAACCAUCUCCGAAUCCUUCAGGUCUUAACCUAAACCCUAAUCCGACUGAGAUAGUGGUGGCUCCUAAGGAGAAAACAGGCGAUGUUGUGAUGGAAACAUCUCCAAUGAAGAAAACUGAAGAGCCGACUGUGGUGGUGGUGGCUGCUGAGCAGAACUGAAGAUUCUUCUCUUGUUUCAUUUUGCAGUUGCCAUAUCUCGUA